AUGGCCCCCUGCGCCUUGUGCCCUCCUGGCGAUGCUGCCCUUCCGCGACGAGCGAUCCUGCGACGUCCCAAGACGCUGCAACCCGUCUGCAAGGAAUGCUUUUUCGUCGUCUUUGAAACCGAGAUCCAUCAUACGAUCCUCGGAUACGGACAGGCCGAACGUAACGACAAGGGCAAAGGGAAGGCCCUUUUCAAGCGAGGCGAGAGGGUCGCCAUCGGCGCGAGUGGUGGCAAAGGUCCGCUCCUAUACCUGAUUGCCGAUGCAUUAGUUGAUACCACCUUAUGUUGUAGCUUACUGCUUUUAUCCCCUUUUCCGGCCCAGAUUCGACGGUGUUGGCGCACAUCAUGAAGGUGCUCAACGAUCGCUACGACUACGGGCUCGAUUUGUGCUUACUCUCGAUCGACGAAGGAAUCAGUGGAUACCGGGAUGCUUCCUUGGAUGUGCGUUCUCAGCUCAUCUGAUCAUAAAGAUAUCAAUGUGCAGCUCUGACGACCGAUGGUCUGGCUUGAUUUCCGCGAGCGAGCAGACCGUUAAAAGAAAUGCCGUACAGUACGAAUUGCCCCUCAAGAUUCUCUCUUACAAGGAGCUUUACAAUGGUUGGACGAUGGACAAGGUGGUCGCUGAGAUCGGGAAGAAGGGCAAUUGUAUGUUUUCUCACAAACUUUAACCCUAGUCCCAGAAGUUUAGGACCUAAUCAGAGAGAUUUUCUCUAUCCUCCGCCGUGCAGGCACCUACUGUGGAGUGUUCCGACGCCAGGCUCUAGACCGAGGCGCUCAUCUCUUGACCGUCGACCAUGUUGUAACGGGUCACAAUGCCGAUGAUGUCGCCGAGACCGUCUUGAUGAAUGGUUAGCUAGACCAGACGCGACGUCAACGCCUAACUCCCAGCUGAUUGCCGAAACCCCCGGAUACUCAUAGUUCUGCGCGGCGACAUUGCUCGAGUUGGGCGGUGUACGGCGAUCACAACGGGUGGUGAUCCAUCUUUAUCAGCUGAAACCACGGACGAUGAUCCGAACGACGACGACGGCGAGGGCGGCAAAUCGCUGAGCUCGCUGCUGCCUUCGACAAUCAAGCGCUCCAAGCCGUUUAAAUACACGUACGAGAAGGAGAUCGUUUUAUACGCCUACUUCAAGAAGCUGGACUACCACUCGACGGAAUGCAUCUAUUCCCCGACGGCGUAUCGUGGGUAUGCCAGGGCGCUGGUCAAGGAUCUUGAGGCGGUGCGCCCGAGCAGCAUCGUCGAUUUGAUCUAUUCGGGUGAGAUGAUGGCGCAGAGCAUGUCCCUCAAUGGGCGGCGUGUUGGAGGCGAUUGGAGUGGGAAAGAGGGGGAGCUGAUGGGAUAUAAAAAGCUCAAGGGAUGCGCGGGCCGACAAGUGCAACGUGAGUCGACCGUUCGGGAUUUCUGGUCUGGCUAGAGCGUGCGUCACGAAACUGAUCAAGGUGUCGUGCUGCUGCGAUUCUGCACAGAGAAUUGCUCCAAGUGCAACUCACUCUCCUCUCAGCCGUUAUGCCAGGCCUGUCUGCUGUUGGAGGGUCUCAAUCAAGGUGUCGCCAAGGUCAAACUCUCGGACCGGUAG